UGGCUUUCGGAUAGAAUGGGUGGAUUGGGAUUGAAUCUUUGGGUAGGGUUUUUUGACUGUUGGAUUUCUAUGCCACGUGUCGCUCAUAUAUCGUUGAUUGGUCGGCAGUUGGUAGAGGAGUUGGGGACCGUUUUAGAGAGAGAAGCCAUAUAUAGACAGCCACCAACCGUUGCUUCCAUAGAGACUGGUGAGCGAGAGAGCGAGAGAGGUAUGUAUCCUCGCUUCCUAUACCUUGCGCGAUCCUCCAGAUCGUCUCGAUCCCUAAUCACGCCUUCUUUUCUAUCUUUUUCUUCAUCAUCGUCUUCUUCUGUUGAAACUUCAAAGCCUAAAUUGCCACAAACCCUAGCGGGUCUAAGACAAGUAUUGGCAGAUGAAUCACCUUCGUUAGCUGAUUUCAUCCGUCUUCAACAGAACGAUGAGUAUUCGGUCGAGGUUGGAACGAAGAAGAAUCACCUUCCAAAGCCCAAAUGGAUGAAAGAAGCAAUCCCUGGUGGGUCUAAAUAUGCUAAGAUCAAGAGCAAGCUUAGGGAAUUGAAGCUUCACACCGUCUGCGAAGAAGCUCGUUGCCCUAAUUUAGGGGAAUGUUGGUCCGGUGGAGAGACAGGAACCGCCACUGCCACGAUAAUGAUCCUUGGAGACACUUGCACUCGAGGUUGCAGAUUCUGCAAUGUGAAGACAUCACGGACUCCACCUCCACCUGACCCUAAUGAACCUGCCAAUGUGGCAGAAGCAAUUGCAUCAUGGGGUCUGGAUUAUGUGGUGAUAACAAGUGUUGAUCGAGAUGAUUUACCUGAUCAAGGGAGCGGUCAUUUUGCAGAGACAGUACAGAAGUUGAAGGCUUUAAAGCCGAGUACACUGAUAGAGGCUCUUGUUCCUGAUUUUCAAGGGGACCCUGGCUGGGUAGAGAAAGUAGCAAAAUCCGGGUUAGAUGUUUUUGCUCACAAUAUUGAGACAGUGGAAGAGCUUCAAAGUGUUGUUCGGGACCGUCGUGCUAAUUUCAUUCAAUCUCUAGAUGUUCUGAAGAUGGCUAAAGAUUAUGCUCCUUUUGGUACACUUACCAAGACAUCAAUAAUGUUGGGUUGUGGAGAAACACCUGAUCAAGUGGUUAAGACUAUGGAAAAGGUAAGGGCUGCAGGGAUUGAUGUCAUGACAUUUGGGCAAUAUAUGAGACCAUCGAAGCGCCAUAUGCCAGUAUCUGAAUACAUCACUCCUGAAGCUUUCGAGAAGUAUCGAACUCUAGGCAUGGACAUGUUCUGUCCAGGUGAUAGGUUUUCUGGGCUGGAAUAUCGACUUCUGUUCUGACUCAACCCCUGGUCACUUUUGGCUGAUAUUUGGACCAGAGGUUCCCCUCAUUAAAAGAGCAACUCGAUCCAGUUUUGGUCCCCAUCUGGGCUGUGGUUCCAAAAUUAUUAGAAAUCUCUCUUUUCUUGUCCUGUAGUGACUUUACCAGAGCAGAACCAGAAUCGAUUGUUCUGGGCCGUCCUAUUCUGUUGCUGUAGUAUCUAUUGUUGAUUUGGGACUGUUAUCAUCCUAAUACUACUGCUGAUUCAUUCCUAUUUGGUGACUGCUGAUCUGUUCUAAGUAUUAUUGGAUAUCUACAGCUCAUCUGGAACAUCUGGCCCAUACUUCCAGUUCAUCUGGAACAUCAGCAAGAUUUGAUCCAAGCACCACAUUGUUUAACCCACUUAAUUUGUAUCUCCACAGUAUAAUAAAAGUUCUGUUGUACUUUUAAGACUUACACUGCACUUGUGUUUGAGCUUGUUGAACUUUCUUAAUAAUAAUCAUCAAAUUAGAAGUAAAGUCUUCUUCAAUUUA